GUCAAAUGUCCAUACCAGCCACCACACUCCCUGCCGUACGUCUAUGUUCAUCUCUACGGUCCAAUAUCUUUGAGGAUAUACAGAUACUCGAUAUCUUUUGUGGAACGUAUCUUGGAGGCAUGACCGCGUCCCAAUCGUCAGCCACAGAAGAGCUAAAGAAUCCAAACCUUGCAUUGCUUAGGGUAGCACCUAUUCACGGUCAAUUUGAAGGCACUUUUCCAACUGCAGCCGGAACAUCUACUACACAGGUUCAUUCACCGACUCACUCCUCGGAUCGCGGUCGGUUUGUGUUCGGACCUCUACAAGAAGGAGCUAUAGGGAGAACGACGGUUCCUGAGCCCGAAAGGCACCAUCAUAGUGAAGGAAGUUUUCCGGAAGACCAAACACAGAUAAUUUCGGGCCUCGAAUUCUUCCCUGCUAAUACGCUUUCGACUCACAUAAAUGAAUCGCCCGCGCCCUCAACCUACUGCCCAGGAACCUUAGCAAAUAACGUCGAUCAUGAACCCGCUCAAGGAAAUCAAAGUAUUAGCUACCUGAACACAACUGCCGAAAUCAUGCCCUUUGCCUCUCAACCUUCCUUCAAUGCUUUGGACGACCAACUUACUCAAUUUGGUUCACACGACCAAGACCUCCACUCUUUUGUUGAAGAAAACCAUCUGGACGCCCCCGACUUCGCUGACACUGAAACCGAUUACCAUGACCUGCCUGACUCCUCGCCUCUUCAGGAACCGGUUUCUGUUCCUCCGACAUCUAGCCCGCCAAUUUUCACCUCUUCGCCGUGUCUUUCUUCACAGACGUCUCUGUCUAGUAGUCCUGAUUUCAGGCUUGACAAUGAUUGUAGUGUUGGUUCUGACGAAGAUCUGGGCUCGGUUCUGAAACUAGGCGAAACUUCACUAUCAGUAUACGAUCCAAUCUCUCAAGUGUCUUGCUCAAUUAUAACUUCGGUCGAGAAAUUUCCUAUCCCUUCUGUUGCCUCUCCGGCUUGGGCUUCUUCUCCACCUCUGUUACCAUCCUCAGACCCAAUCGAUUCGCGUCCAUCAAGCGCAACUCCACGCACAACGACUCGCGUCCAAGAGCAAGGCUGCUCUACAAGCACAGCUAUUCAGCCCUCGACCUCCAUUUUACUGGCCACGAUUCCUUACGAUCGUCCCUCCGAACAAGAUGUACCGGUGGAUUCUCUAAUAGCACCGAAACCGUCAGUAGAAAAAUUGCCGCUCUCCGAGUCUUCUCACAAGUUGGCCGAUGAAAGUAAAACUCAGGCGUCUGGAGCAAAUGGUUCUCUUCAGAAUGAUGACCUGGACGGUUUCGUUGCACCGACUACGAAUGUCGAACCUGGGCCAAAGAACACCACUGCGUCGCCAGUCAUAGCGACGCCUGUACCCAGACGGUCUACUUUCGCCUCACAGAACAAAGCAUUCAAGAAGCUCAUCACUCCCUUUCGCUCACCGGCCAUGAAAAAGACCAAGAUGAACGACUUAGUGCGGUCUCAGCCACCCUCAGUAACCCAAGAGGCUUUCUCCGUGACGAGGAAGCUGGUUUCUGCACCUGCACCUACCGUUGAUUCGGUCACUCUUUCGGUAGAACGCCAGAGGUUCAGCGAAAAGGAAAAGGAGCAGGUAGACAAGAAGAAGCACCGCACAGCUAGGGCUGCGGUACAGUUCAAAUCGCCUUUGACCGCGACUACUGCUGCCUCCGUUGGAAACACGUCAGUUCGUCUAACCCCAACGAUCCAGAUACUCGAACGAAAAGUUCAACUUCUCAAACGAGCCGUGAAAGUUAAGGCUGACCGGGAACAAGAAGUGCUCAAAGAUCUGAUCAAAAUCUGGACAGAGGCAGGGCGCGAAAUAUCCUAUGAGCUAUUCGAGCUAGCGAAGGACCGGGAGGGUAGUGGAAAUUCUUGGAGUGGCGUUAGGAAGCAUGAGGAUAGCUGGGAGUGGAGUACACAAGGCAGUACGAAGCGGCUCAAAAUGGAAGGUCAGGCUGGUACUUGGGGUUGGGAUACCUCCCCUUCAAACGAAAGGUUAGAAGGGCAAGAGGAGGUCAUGGAUGUGGAUGAAGCGACGCCCGCUCAAGACGAAUACGAAGAAAAACCAGAGUCUACGAUUGGGACGAUGUUGAGGCAGCUAGGAGUUGAUCCCGUCAUUCUCGGGUGGAACUUCGAUGAAGGUAUUUUUGCUGCCAAUUAG